UGAACCCGGCAGAGGAGCAGGAAGUGGAGGCAGAGGCAGCCUGGGGGAGCUGAGCUGUGUGGGGCAUGGUGUUUGCGGGGUGCAGGACUGCGUGGCGCUCAGCCUUCCCACAUACAGAUCCCGGCCCCUUCCCUGCAGGGGCUGUCACAGGGACAUGGUGAUACUCCGAGCAGGCCUCUGCCCCGGCCUCACGGCAGAGAUGAUCCAGCUUCUGAAAGCCAACGGCAUCGUGACAGGGCUGUUAGAUUUUGGCCUCCAGCUGCUUAUCUCUGAACGUUACUUGCAGUGGUGGACCUCGUCUCCUCGGACCUGGAGGAAGUUGCUCGGAAGUGCUCCCUGUCCUACAAGUGUCCCAUCUGGGGAUGGCCGUCUGUCCACACAGGCCCUGGUCGCCGUGAGACGUGUGUUGCUGGCACAGUUUUCAGCCUUUCCUGUCAACGGGGCGGAUCUCUACGAGGAACUCAAGAGCUCCACGGCCAUCCUGUCCACAGGGAGCAGGAGCUUGGAUAGGCUGCUGGACUCUGGCCUGUACACUGGGGAAGUGACCGAGCUCACAGGAGCACCCGGCAGUGGCAAGACACAGGUGUGCCUCAGCAUAGCCGUGAGCACGUCCCACGACCUCAAGCAGAAUGUCCUCUACGUCGACUCCACGGGCGGGUUCACGGCCUCUCGCUUGCUCCAGCUGGCUCAGACCAGGACAGGGGAUGAAGAGGAGCAGGUGGAGGCUCUGCGGAAGAUUCAGGUGGCCCGGGUGUUCGAUGUCUAUAAAAUGCUGGAUGUGUUACAGGAGCUCCGGUGCAGUGUGUCCCAGCAGGUCCUGAGCUCCUCGGGGCCGGUGAAGGUGCUGGUGGUUGACUCCGUCUCAGCAGUGAUUUGCCCGCUCCUCGGAGGCAGGCAGGCGGAGGUUAUUAUGUGGGCAACCUGUUGUAACUGGUUUUGUCUGGAUGGACAACCUGAGGAGAUGCAGCAGCGGCCGCAGCAGGGUGCCAGACCCCAGGCAUAUUCCAACCCGGGUUACAGCUCCUACCCGUCUCCUACAGGUUCUGAACAGAACUGCAAGGCAUGUGGGGUGCACUUCGAAAAUUCCUCCAGGAAGCACAUCUGCUUUGACUGUAAAAAGAAUUUCUGCACUUCCUGUUCAAGCCAGCCUGAAAGCAGUCCCCUUCUCUGCCAUCUCUGUCAGCGGUUCCAAGCCACAGCCUUUCAGCGGGAGGAGUUGAUAAAGAUGAAGGUGAAGGAUCUCCGCGACUAUCUGGCACUCCACGAGGUUUCCACAGAGUUGUGCCGUGAAAAGGAAGACCUGGUGAUUCUGAUUCUUGGGCAGCAGCCUGUAAUCACCCAGGAGGAUAGAAUACGAAUCCCGCCAUUAAACUCUGGCACAUCUGGACAGCAGAGCAACGUUGUUCUGCCACAGACUAGCACAGCAUCUUCUACCUCACAUGAUGCCUCUCCAAUGUCUGCAGACUCCAGCUUGAGUCCAGUAACUCAGGAACAUCAACAGGCAAAUGGCCACGUGCCUCCGAGCCAAGACGAUAUGACAGAAAUUGAGAAUGCAGCAGAAGCACCAACAGAGGAGGAGACACAGUCUGUUGACUCGGAGGAUAACCUGGUGCAGGGACGGAGGGCCUCUCUUUCUGACCUAACGAGUGUUGGAGACAUUGAUGCGCUCUCUGUGCGACAGCUGAAGGAAAUCCUGGCUCGCAACUUUGUCAACUAUAAAGGCUGCUGUGAGAAGUGGGAGCUGAUGGAGAGGGUGACCCGUCUUUAUAAAGAGAAAGGCCUUCAGCAUCUGGUUUCUGACACGGAUGAUCAAAAUGUUUCCUCAGGCAGUGCUGGGCUCCCUAGCACUGAAGAGAAUCUCUGCAAAAUCUGCAUGGACUCACCCAUCGACUGUGUCCUGUUAGAAUGUGGCCACAUGGUCACCUGCACCAAGUGUGGAAAGCGCAUGAGUGAGUGUCCCAUCUGCAGGCAGUAUGUGAUAAGAGCUGUCCAUGUAUUUAAGUCCUGAGUGAGCAGCAGGAAGACCAGUGUUGCCUUAAAGCCUCAUCUGCUGUUAGAGACGGUCAAAAUCUCUACAGGUAGGUCAGAGACUGGCACGUCAGACCUCACAAGAAACCUGAAGUUCAUAGGCGAGAUGAGGAACUUGGGGAAUUGUUCUGAUUGAAGCCAUGUGACUGGCUGUGCCCUUCACACCACAGUGCUUUAACCCUGCAGUGCCUAGACUCCGGGAACCCACUGGCCGCAGCAGACACAGACAUCAUUAACAGCUUGCAUUCUGGGCUAGCUUGAUCAACUGCUGAUGGGGGACAAAUAAUCACUUGGCUUUCCAAGACUAACACCCGAUUCUGAGGCUUAUUUCCUCCACAGUAAUAAAGAAGGUGGACUGCGGUUUUGGCACAUGACGUUUUCUUUUGUUUUGCUGCUACUGAAUUCGCCCGUUCUGUUUCCCUCUUUAAUUGACUCUGUUCCAGGCCACACCUCUGCUGAUACUUUUAUUUUCAGGGAACAAAAUCUUAUUGGGCUGGUUCCCUCUCCCUACACUUUUUUUUUUGUGUAACUGCAUUUUUCUCUCUAGUUCCUUAUGUUUGCAGGCCAGGCUGAACUUUUCUCCUCUGUUGCCUUUAGCUUUUUCAUAUCCAGAAUUAUUUUCUAAGCCUGGCCCUGUAAGAGCAUGGUGAAACAGUCACUAUUGCUACACAUUAAUAUGAAAAGGAAGCAGGACUUCAUACUGUUAAAGAUACAUUCUUUCCCUUUGAAAGAUAAGAGGCAGUGAAGGCGCUUAGGGCAUAGAGCCUCCGCUUGAAGCUUACCCAGUGUAGACCGUGUUUGUCUCCCUCCCUUGGGUUAUUCUUUGUUAUAACACCACGGGAUGGUGUGUCGCCUGCAAGGUACGCAAGCAAUCCCUGGAUAACUGAACUGGCUGUAGAGUCAACCUCCUCCAGUGCCUAACAUUGGGGCCUUGAGGCACUAGUCCCCUACAAUGCGUUGCUUUGCUUGAACACUAGUGGAAACCACUAUGGCUGGAGUAGUGUGAUUUUGGUCUAGCACUGCCUACGUUCCUAAAAAGGAGUGGGGAGACAUUUCAAUGGUGAAGCCCUCAGCGGUGUAGUCUUAUCAUGACCUCCUAAGGCCUAGAGAUGAAGCUGUCAAAGAGAGAGAGACUGAAGUUUGGAGGAAAGUGUAGGAUGACUUUUCCUACUGUGAAUCUCUAGAGCUGGGUUGUGUAUUUUCAGUCUCAUUUCUUGCUGUCUGCUGAUUUGUCUUAUGAUUUAGUGAUCAGUCCCCAGCCUUCCUUUUUCCGCCUGUUUACCAAUUCACCGUUCCACAGUCCUGAUGCGUUGCCAAAUAUGCAAAGACUGUUUGCUGAAGAGCACAAGAUAACGUCUCCAUUUUCCUUUUAUGGGGAUGAGGCUAUAGGUUCACUAGGCCAAAGAAUUCUACAAGGUAGACAGGGGCGCACAAGCUGUUCCUGACACCUGUGGGUUAGAAAGGCUCAGGGGAGCUAGUGCGUUGUUUUCCCCCUCUAUGGAGUAUUAAACAAAGUGAUCUUACAAGGUAUCCUGGAAAUACUCCAUUCUGAACUGCUAGAAAAAUAAUCACUUUCAAAAUCAUCCUAUUAGGCCUUAAAUGAUACUUUUUCCCCCAGCUAAAUCAUGGUUACACUAGUGUCUGAUCCCAUCCCAAAAGGCUACUGGAGCCAUUUAAGGCUUAGCAUUUGCUUCAGACUGUGUUUCACACAUAGCUGUAGGCCUUACGAUAAUGAUGUCAGAACUACUCCUGUAAGCGCUUGGGUAUUCAGAAGGAGUGUGCGCACGUGCAUACGUGGUACGGUAUUGGGCCAGGCACAGCAGCUAUAUACAAACAUUUCUGUUUGCCCACUCUAGUAAGAGUGGGACAUUCCUAGGCUCUGCAGCACUAGA